CCUUUUCUUUAGGUCCACCACUCUUUUUAUUUUCUUUUUCUCUCUUUAUAAUCCUCAAUAAUCUUCACAUUUUUCAAAGCACAAAUCCCAAAAAAAUCUCUUUCUAAAUAUUAAAGUCAUUUACCAUUGUUCAUCACCAAUGGCAUCUUCAAUUGAAGUAAUGAAACUAGAGAGAUAUAAUAGCUAUAUUAGAAAAGUAAAUAGCACAAAAUUAAUUGUUGCCUCAUCUAAACUUCUUUUUAGAGUUACACUUUUAGUAGCUCUAUUAUUAAUCUUUUUUUUCAUUAUUAAUUACCCUCCUUUUACCUCGUCAAAAAAUAAUAAUACUUCACAUAUUCAUCAUAAUAAUAAUAUUCAUAUCACCACACAUAACCUCCUCUCCUCCUCCAUCUAUGGUGGUGGCUCUACUUGGGAGAAACAAGUUCGUCACUCUUCUAUGCCGCGACGUAUCAAUGGUUUGUCAGUACUGGUUACAGGUGUGGCUGGCUUUGUUGGUUCUCAUUGCUCCUUGGCAUUGAAAAAGCGUGGGGACGGAGUCUUGGGAAUAGACAACUUUAAUUCCUAUUAUGACCCGUCAUUGAAACGCGGGCGCCAGAGAUUACUGGCGCAGCACGAGAUCUUCAUCGUUGAUGGUGACAUCAACGAUGCCGAGUUGCUAACCAAGUUGUUCGAUAUCGUCCCAUUCACGCACGUACUUCAUUUGGCCGCGCAGGCAGGGGUACGGUACGCGAUGCAAAAUCCACAAUCGUACGUCCAGUCGAACAUUGCGGGGUUCGUCAACCUACUGGAGAUGGCCAAGUUAGCUAACCCUCAACCCGCGAUUGUCUGGGCAUCGUCCAGCUCGGUUUACGGGUUGAACACGAAUGUACCCUUUUCCGAAAACGAUACUACGGAUCAACCAGCUAGCCUUUACGCUGCCACGAAAAAAGCGGGUGAAGAAAUUGCACAUACGUAUAACCAUAUUUACGGUCUUUCUUUAACCGCGCUGAGAUUUUUUACUGUCUACGGACCCUGGGGUCGACCAGACAUGGCCUACUUUUUUUUCACUAAGGACAUGGUACAAGGUAAACCAAUUAACGUAUACGUGACACAAGAUGGCAAAGAGGUGGCGCGUGACUUCACGUACAUCGAUGACAUCGUUAAAGGGUGUCUCGGGGCAUUGGACACGGCGGAGCGGAGCACCGGGAGCGGCGGAAAGAAGAGGGGUCCGGCACAACUUAGGGUUUACAAUUUAGGCAACACUUCACCAAUUUCAGUCAACAAAUUGGUGACAAUUUUGGAGAGUUUAUUAAAUGUGAAAGCUAAAAAGAAUGUAAUUAAAAUGCCAAGAAAUGGUGAUGUACCAUUUACACAUGCAAAUGUUACAUUGGCUAAAAAGGAUUUUGGAUAUAAGCCAACCACAAAUUUGUCAAGUGGAUUGAGGAAGUUUGUCAAGUGGUAUGUGAGUUAUUAUGGGAUUCAAUCAUCAAAAGAAUUAGAUUCCCCUAUUGACCAUUCUCAAGAUUGAGGGUACGUUAACGGUGGUAUUCAGGUCAGCUUGUGUUGUAUCUCGAUCGCUGUAUCAGAUAUGAUACAUGUUACCUCUCACAUCCAGUACAUGUGUCGGGUAAUUCUGCAGGUCGAAAGGCAAGAUUUAGAUGAAUGAAAGAUGGAAAAAAAAAAAGUUGUAAUGGAUUCCCCCAACAUGUUUAUAUUCUUGUAAUGAGUUGAGAUAUCAAUGAUUAUUAAAAUCAAAAUUCUCUUU